AUGUUUCGCGAUUAUGUGUCGCCUGCAACAAAGGAAUGGUGGAGGUUGGUGAAAACAUGGCCAGACAUGCCGAAGAAGCCUUGCUCAGCACGGAUCGCUUACUGCAGGAACCUGAACAUCGCCAUGUGCAUCGCUCAGGCUCUUGCCGCGUUCUUUUCCGUGUUUCGCUGGCUGCACUUCGGCAAUGUCAAUGGCCUUCGCUACCUGGGCUACGCCUUCACCUGCUCCUUGAUGCAAGCCGAGCUAGUGGUCCUCCUUGCCCCCUACGUCCCUUUCUACAAGACGAACGUGGUUUUUGUGGUCCUUUUCACGCACGCCUUCCUGAUUUGUGGAUGGGUCGGCUCUUUGCACGAUGGCUUCUUGUUUGAAGAUGCUUCGUGGGAGCUCUUCCUGUCUACCUGGGAACCAUCCUCUCUUGUUGUGACCACCAAGGGAAUCAUCAUUGGGAUCACAGCUUCCUGCCUGGGGUUUUUAUGUCUGAUCCAGAUGCCCUUCCUUGUCCUCACCUACUUCUGUGCGGGAGGCUGCAGGCCACACCAGGACCUGCCCUACCACUACUUGCGGUGCACUGUGUGGUUCACUUGGCCAGCUUUCCCAUGCUGGUGGCUGAUCUCGGCUGAGGGCUUGGGGCUCUUGGGGGACGCGAAGAGCAACGCCGUGGGCUUUGCAAUCUUGAACAUGAUCUCCAAAGGAGGCUUCACGUUGGCGAUGCUCAAGAUGGGUGCGGAUCAUCGCGUGCGCUGGCCUGACACUUCGGGCCAGCAAAGGCAAUCAAGUUGGAUCGUGGAUCAGCUCCAGUCCUAUGAACGCAAUGAGUCGCAAGGCGGAAAUGGCAAAGUCGGCAAGCAGCGUGCUGGCAAUGAGGAGGAGACUGCUGAGCAGAAGGCUGCUGAGCAGAAGGCUGCUGAGCCAAAGGCUCAGAUUCAAACUGUCACUGAGACCCUGUGGGUGUGA